GAGAGAGAUUGAGAGAGAGAGAGAGAGCUGUUUGAUUUCGUUUUCUACAUCUGAACGAAUGGCGAAAACUCUACCUUUGACACCUAAACUAAAGAAGGGGGAAAAAAAUAUAUUCAUUUUCAUUCUUGGCUUUUUCCUUCAUUCAUCUUGACGAUUCACACUUCCUUUUCUGUUCACACCAACUUCAUAUAAAUCUUUCCUCUUCUUUCUCUUCCCAUCUUUUUCCUUUCAAUAUCUGACUUUUUAAUUUGGUGGGUGCAAAUAGAUCGAUCUUGUUCUUGCGUGCCUUGUCUCAAUUAUUUUGUUUCUGCGUGUGUGUGUGUUUAUCUUUGUGUGUGUAAUGGAAAGGCAUCAUCAUCAGCAUCAAGUCAGUGUUAACGUUGAUACUGAUAGGUUUCCUCAAUGGAGCAUUCAAGAAACGAAGCAUUUCUUGAUGAUUCGAGCAGAACUAGAUCGAACUUUCAUGGAGACCAAAAGAAACAAGCUUCUUUGGCAAGUGAUCUCUAACAAAAUGAAAGAAAAGGGCUUUCAUCGCAGUGCAGAACAGUGCAAGUGCAAGUGGAAAAACCUCGUUACUCGUUACAAGGGAUGUGAAACGAUGGAACCUGAAUCUUUGAGACAACAAUUCCCAUUUUAUAGUGAGUUGCAAGCGAUUUUCGCAGCAAGGAUGCAAAGAAUGUUAUGGGCUGAAGCAGAAGGAGCAGCAGGCGGGUCUAAAAAGAAAGCGGUGCAUCUAUCUUCCGAUGAGGAAGAAGAUAACGAAGAAAGUGAGGGAGAGAAGGGAAGCAUAAGAAAGAAGAAAAAGGGGAAAAGCACUAAGAAAAACAGCGGCGGCGGUAGCGGCAGUGGACAUAGUAAUAACAUAAGGGAGGUUUUGGAGGAUUUCAUGAAGCAACAGAUGCAAAUGGAAAUGCAAUGGAGAGAAGCGUUUGAAGCUCGGGAGAAUGAGAGAAGGAUGAAGGAGAUGGAGUGGAGACAGACGAUGGAAGCAUUAGAGAAUGAGAGGAUAAUGAUGGACAGGACGUGGAGAGAGCGAGAAGAACAAAGAAGAAUGAGAGAAGAAGCUAGGGCAGAGAAGAAGGACGCACUAAUCACAGCACUUCUAAACAAGCUUAGAAGAGAAGAAAUUUAAAUCAAGCAUUUAAUGUGUUUUUCUUGUUUUGAAGAAGAAGAAGAAGAAGAAGGAAAGCUUUGAGAGAGGAGAGAGAGGUUUGUCCCUGAAACUCUCAUUUUGGAGAUGUUAUUGUUCUUUAGAUAUGUGCUUUCCACUCCAUUAUCAUCUCUCUCCCUUCUCUUUGCCCACUUUGUGGCUACUUUUGCUCAGUAGGAUCAAUUAAAAAGCUUCAAAUCUCUCUUACAAUA